ACUAGAGUCCUGGAGCUGGGUUUAACCUCAGGCUCAGAGGAUGUUGUGGGCUCAUUGAAAAUCAAUCAGAAAAUAACACCAUAUCAAGGAGGUAAUACAGCUUGCGUCUGAACCAACAAUGCAUAAUUAAUGAUUCCGGACUCUGAUUCUAGCACAGGCGUUAGUGCUUGAAGGCUGUAUCACUGAAAGGAGACGAAUGCAAGACCGGUUGAAAUUGGCAGUCUGCAGACGAGACGAGAAGCCUGUCCAACUGUAUAGUGACUUGGAAGUUAAAGGAUUUUAAAUGAGAAAUACUGUUUAAAGCAACAGCGACCGUUUGAGAUAUUUUUUUUUCAGGAGGGAUUUAAAUUAAGGAACACACGAAUAAAAUAUGUGAAAAAAUGAAAUAAGAUGUUAGAAAAUUAACCAUAUCGGCGUGUGGAUUUCAGUAUCAUCGUUUCUGGAUGAAAAAAUAUUUUUAAGAAAAUGCGACGGCAUUUGAAUGCACUACCGAAUGUUUUUUUCAGCUGACAGUAGAAAGCAAACACUGUAGGAUAGCGACAGUGAAGGCAGAGUCUAAUGGAAAUGUAUAUGAAGACCUCGGAGUACAAGAAUUAACGGGACAGAGAAGAGGGGUUGAAAUAUCGGGGCGAAUUGGCAGUAUUGUCCCCUUUAUGUGUUUAAAUGCACAGAGGGGAAGAAGAAGGGGGGAGUUGAGAUAGGGAGUAGCAGAAGCAACACUUGAAAGAAGGGAGAAAACAGUGGCAGUGGGGAAAUAGCAGAAGACUCGAGACAGCGCAGCAAUCGGAUUCAUUAAUCUGAGCUCUGGGCUGCGCAGGGAGCGUUGAAAGGUAUGGGCUGCGCUCCCAGUAUUCACGUCUCUCAGAGCGGGGUGAUCUAUUGCAGGGACUCGGACGAGUCCAACUCCCCCCAUCAAACCACGACUAUCUCGCAGGGUACCGCGGCUACUCUGCACGGCCUCUUCAUCAAGACCGACGCGGCUGACUCCAUCCCAUCAGUUCUCGCCUACCAGAGCAGGCACACACGGACCAACUCUCGCCGGGACCGCAGAGAAAACAGCGGAGGACACAGCUGCAUUGAGGCCGAGACACAGACAAGCCAAACGAGCGUUAAGGUAUCUGCUACAGAGGAGCGGAUUGGACCCAUGAGACUGACACAAGAGCCUAUACAGGUUCUUCUAGUCUUUGACAAAGAGGACAGCCAGAGUGAUGGAUUUUGGUGGGCUUGUGACCGCGCAGGGUACAGAUGCAACAUAGCACGCACUCCAGAAUCAGCAGUUGAGUGCUUUCUUGACAAACACCAUGAAAUAAUCGUCAUCGACUCCAGACACUCCCGCUAUAUCGAAGCCGAAGCAGUCUGCAGAUCUGUCCGUGCUACCAAGCCUGCCGAACACACUGUCAUCUUGGCUGUGGUGCCACAGACGCAACAAGAUCAGGAAGAGUCAUCUGUUCUACCUCUCCUCAAUGCUGGAUUCAACAGGAGAUAUGUUGAAAAUAGCAGUGUAACAGCGUGCUACAAUGAGCUCAUCCAGAUAGAACACGGAGAGGUGCGGUCUCUUUUCAAGCUAAGAGCCUGUAAUUCAGUCUUCACUGCAUUGGAGCACUGUCAAGAGGCAGUAGAAAUAACCAGUGAAGACCAUGUCAUACAGUAUGUGAAUCCAGCCUUUGAGAAGAUGAUGGGGUACCAUAAGGGAGAGCUCAUAGGCAAAGAACUGACUGAAUUGCCAAAAAGUGACAAAAACCGAGCUGAUCUUUUGGACACCAUCAAUACGUGUAUCAAGAAAGGAAAGGAAUGGCAGGGUAUUUACUACGCCAGGAGGAAGACUGGAGACAGCAUACAGCAGCACGUAAAAAUAACGCCAGUCAUUGGUCAGGGAGGGAAAAUUAGACAUUUUGUUUCAAUCAAGAAACUUUGCAGCGACAAUAAUAAACAGGUACACAAGACAUAUCGCGAAGACAAACACAUUGGAGAAAAUUCACAGUCAGAAUCUCAGUCUCUCAGGCACAAGGACAGGAGGAAAGAAUCAGUUGAUGUGAGGUCCAUAACUUCCCGAGGCAGUGAUGCCCCGAGUUUACAAAACCGGAGGUAUUCAUCUAUGGCCAGGAUCCAUUCUAUGACCAUAGAGGCCCCUAUCACAAAGGUUAUAAAUAUCAUCAAUUCUGCCCAAGAAAACAGUCCUGUUACAGUGGCGGAGGCCUUGGACAGGGUUUUAGAAAUCCUGCGAACUACAGAGCUGUACUCACCCCAGCUAGGCUCUAAAGAUGAUGACCCCCAUACCAACGACCUUGUUGGGGGACUCAUGAGCGAUGGUUUACGAAGACUUUCUGGGAAUGAGUAUGUCUUCUCAAAAAACAUGACUCACAGUAAUAGCCACCUGGUCAUGCCAGUCACCCUCAAUGAUAUCCCUCCCCGGAUAGCAGAGCUACUGGAUGAUGAAGAGCAGUGGGACUUCAACAUAUUUGAAUUAGAAGCUGCCACUCACAAAAGACCCCUUACCUACCUUGGAUUGAAAAUCUUUGCCCGGUUUGGCGUGUGCGAAUUCCUGGACUGCACCGAAGCAACAAUGAGAUCGUGGCUGCAAGUCAUAGAGGCCAACUAUCAUGCGUCCAACUCCUACCACAACUCUACUCACGCAGCUGAUGUCCUCCACGCGACUGCUUAUUUCCUCCGAAAGGAGAGAGUAAAGGGCAGUCUAGACCAGCUGGAUGAAGUGGCGGCUUUGAUAGCAGCAACAGUGCAUGACGUAGACCACCCUGGACGCACCAACUCUUUCCUGUGCAACGCGGGCAGUGAGUUGGCUAUCCUCUACAAUGACACAGCAGUGCUGGAGAGCCACCACACCGCACUGGCCUUCCAGCUGACAGCACGGGACAGCAAGUGUAACAUCUUCAAGAACACUGAGAGGACACAAUUUCGGACAUUGCGGCAAGCAAUUAUUGACAUGGUCCUGGCCACAGAGAUGACAAGACACUUUGAGCAUGUGAACAAGUUUGUUAACAGCAUCAACAAGCCCAUGGCAGCGAUAGAUGAAUCCAGUUCCAACAGUGAAGGCAGUGACUGCGAAUGUCCAGCCAGUAUAAAGAACUCUCCGGAGAACCGUCUGCUCAUCAAGCGCAUGAUGAUCAAGUGUGCCGACGUAGCCAAUCCCUGCAGGCCUCUGGAGCUCUGCAUUGAAUGGGCAGGCAGAAUCUCGGAGGAGUACUUUGCACAGACUGAUGAAGAGAAGAGACAAGGGCUGCCUGUAGUAAUGCCAGUCUUUGAUCGAAAUACUUGCAGCAUUCCAAAGUCUCAGAUCUCAUUUAUUGACUAUUUCAUAACAGACAUGUUUGAUGCAUGGGAUGCCUUUGCCAAUCUGCCUGGCUUGAUGCAGAACCUGGCAGAGAACUACAAAUACUGGAAAACCCUGGAUGAAAUGAAAUGUAAGAGCCUGCGACACCCUCCAGACCUCUGACACUGUGGGUAAAGGCAAGAUCUUGAAUGUAGCCCUUCAAUCUUACAAUCCUCAUCACUGUGAUUUUUUUUUAUGAAGACAAAACAAAAGAAGCAAGCAAAAAUGAAGGACCUAAAGAUUUUCAGUAAGAAAGUGGGCUUGAAGACAAAAACUAGUCGAGGUUUCUCUCCUGACAAUCUUUUGUGGUUUAAAAGCGUGAAUAUAUUCAAUACGCACUUUAUAGAACGGGAGUUCAUUUUGUUGUUUAUGUGUUUAUUCUCUUUGUUACAACAAUAUCCAUUUAGUAUACGUCCCAACUGUUUAUAUUAAAAAGCUUCCUAGCUGACAUUGAACGACUGUCUCAUUGUGCAAGUUCAGAGCUCUGUGACUGUUUGCACCUUGGGGUGGGAUGACAUGGUUUAAGUGAUCGGAACGAAAGGUUUGGUUUUAAUUGAAAGUACUGUAGGAAAUACCAUUUCCGACUUAAAACCCAGAGUAAAGCAUCUCAAAACGUGUGCAAAAACACAGGAGACAGUUUGAAACAUUCAUUAGGUGCAAUUCACUUUUCAAAUAAUAUUAGGAAGCUGCAUUUCAUUUCUAUUUAAAGGUUUAACUCUAGUAAGCAAUUAAUAAUGAGCAAUUUUACACUCUGUGAACAUGAAAAAGAAUGAAAAAGGAUAGCUUAAAUACUUUAUUUCAGUUACAAAAGAUAAGUCAACAGUUACAAAAUCUGAAUUUUUGUAAUAUACUUUACUGUAUUUGAGGAUUCCUUGGCUAGACCUUAACAACCUUAGAAGAAACCCUCUUCGGUACCCAACUGUCUGGAAUUCUUUUUUUUCUAAGAAAUGUAGGUAUUUUGAUAUAUUUAAUUUUCAUAUUGAAUGUAACUGACAGAGAAAUAUCUUUGUAUAAUAUUUAAAAGCAGGAAUAUUAUUUCAUAGGUGUUUUUGGCCAUGAGGAAAUGUUGUUUUCAUAAUUAUGUUUCCACAAAGACAUCCAACUGCUUGUUAGACACCAUGGUAAUACCUAACCUGUAUGUGAAGUUAACAGGAUACCAUAGGAUGCUAGGUACUGUAUAUGGCAGGUUUAUUUUUUUUUCCUCUCUCUUAACAUCUUAAUGUAUGUACUGUAUUUCACUUAUUUGCCCCAAGUAUUUGCAGAAGGCAGGGUUAUUAACACAGAUCUUAUUCAAACAGUACAUUGCAAAACAUUUAAACACUCAGACUAGAAGAGGAGGAAAGGCAUUCCUUUUUAUCUUUUUAACUAAAUGAAAUCAGAAACAAACACGGUAGACUACAACUUUAAAACCUGUUUUUAUAACCAUCCAGCGGACAAAUUUAAAUGUAGCUGCAGACAAAGGACAGUGACACAAAACAUUUUCAAUACCAACUUCUGAAAGUUGCACUUCUCUUUUGCGAUUUCAUCUCUACCAGCUAAAAAUGUAUAUUUGAAAUGCUCUUCUUAUUCAACACUUAAUGUUUGUAAGGUUUCUCUACAGAGCAGUUCAAAUACUAGGUAAUGUGUUUCUGUACAGACACUAAAGAGGAUGUGUUUCCUGAGCACUUACAGGAGUCUAGACAGAAAAUUUGCAAAUACCCCAAGCGUUUUUAUUUUACUGAAUGGAAAUCUGAAAAAUGUAUUACUGGCAUUACUAAUUAAUAUUUACAAGAAAGCAGAAGAUUGCUUUUACUAUUUUAAGUUCAUUUUUAAAUUGCAAAAUAAUCAUGUUCUGAAUACUUCAAAAGCUAGAAUGUGAAAACUAUUUUAAUACAAGAGUGUGUAAUUUAAUCUAAAUAAAUUAUUUGGAGAUUAUUAUUUUAUUUAAACACCAUUCAGAUAUUAAGUUAAGCAGUUACACAUAGUUGCAAAACUGUGCUAACUAUUGCCCAUGGCUAUAGAUAGCAGAAGAUCAAAUGAGGAGGAGAUGCAUAAUAUAUUCUGCUCUUCAGAACAGAUAUAAGCUUUAGCUGUCAGGCUUAGAUGGUUAUGGGUUUAUAUAUGAAUUUUGGCAACAUAAUAUGAUGCCAAGUGUUAUUUUUUUCAGAAUGGUAUGGGUUGCAUCAAAGUAGAAUCAAUCCUGGCCUGGAAUCAAGAGUAGUUGUCCAAAAACAUUUUUCGCCAGCAUUAAACCACCUGUUUCAUGGUCCCUGAUGAAAGACUUUACAAAUGAAUAAGUUUGGGUUUGACUGCCUUAUUGCUUCCUGUGUUAAACAGGCUACUAUUUUAUAAGCAUCUUUUAAUUUUAAGCUCAGGGCUGGUCCAUAUGAAAUCCUGAUCACCUCUCCUUUGGUAUGGCAUUAUAGAUGAAAUCGGUAGUAGCAGGAGUUGAUGGGUUGAGCUGGGUUUUCUUUUUUUAAGUUUUGUGUGAAAGCAAUUAUGUUAUACCUAUGUGAUUUAUUGCUAGCCAUGCUGGUGUUUUGCCGAUUUAGCAAGUUAAAUUGCAAGUUUACUAUCUCUGCCUGGGCAGUGCUCCAGACACAUUUUUUUUAUCUGAAGAUCCAAAAUACCCCAGGCCAAAAACGUGGGUGCCAAAUCCUGUUGUUGUGUGCUAAAGUAUGCCAUUUGUGGGAUCCAAGGGCACUGGCAUGAUUUGUUGACAGGGGGUCUCCAUCCCUCUUUUUUUACUUUCCCUUUCUAGAGUGAUUGCCUUUUGUUGGUACACUCAUGUGUUUGUGAGAAGGCAAAGGCACUAAUUUUGAACUCUGGGCGCCAAUGGCAACAAGCCUCAGACAAAACAGUUGCAUUUGCGCCAGAUUUAGUUGUAGUCUGGAGCACUUCCCGAUGACAAAAUAAGCCAUUGUAAAUCAGUAAAACCAGCUGGGGGAAUCUUAACACAUUAUUCUUAAAUUUACAUCUGUUCAACCUGUACUCACAUUAUUACAACAGCCUUACUGGUUUCUGUGCUAGAAUAAAGCCAUAAAUCAGCGGUAAGGUGUAAUGUGUAAGCAGCCUUAGGCCUCGUAUGGAAGAAGAAUUUCCUAGAGGAACAGGGUUACAAUAAGAGACUACCUGUGACUAACUUAACGUGCCUUUUUGGCAGCUUCAGUCAUUAAAAGGAAGCGUUUAUGUACUAAUUAUAUGUACUGUACAGUAUAUGAACUAAAUGGUACAAAUCCAGGACAGGUAUUACAUGUAUACUGAUUUUGUUUUCUUAUACAUGCAAGUGAAUUUAAUUUGCUAACAUUGAAAUCUGCUGUUUGUAGUUUGCUUAUAUUGACUAAUUCUACAAGGUUUGUACAAAGGGACUAUAAUAUACAUUUUAUUUAGAAUGUUACACUAUGUAUUAUACAAUAAUGGUAAGGCUGACAUAACUACAAGGUUCUGGUUAUAGUAUGUACUGUGCACAAGUAUUUCGAGUACAUUGUACUCCAGCCGUAGUAGUAAUACAUUAAUACAGUUAUUGCUGACAAGCACACAUUACGUUCAAUAUUGUCUGAAAGAGUAAGGGCCAGAAACUGAUCUUAAAUCGGUCUUAUUGUAGAUGAACACAUAUGAACUGAGGACUCAUUAAUACUGAGAAUCUAAAACAGCACAGAUAGUUUUAAUACAGGCAGACGGAACAAAAAACUCAAUGGUAAAGUCCCCCUUUAUCUGCUAUAGUGAUGACAGGUUGUCUCCUAAUAUCAAGGGACUUUUUAAAAAUCAUUAUUUAAUGUUAUUAUGGUGUCUCUGAGAGUAUGUUUAAAUAUGUAAUAUUGCCACCACAAAAUGUUAAGUAUUUUUGUGUGCACAGUACAUCAUUAACAGCAUUAAGAAAAUUCUCUUGUGUUGUUUCCAUUUUCUAAAUGUGCUUUCAUCCAGUAUAUGUUAAAUAUAAGGUCUUGAUACCUAUAGAAAGAUAUACCAUUCCAAAUGUUGUAGCUUUUUUAAGAGAAGAUUGUGCAUUGUUAUCCAAAGACAGGUUAUACUUUUUAUACUUUUAAUUAUUUGCAUUACAUUAUUCACCAAAAAAGGCAUCACAAAACAUGGUGUAUGUUAAAAGUCUGGAUGUGAACAUUUUUCAUGUGUUGUGUCAGCAAUGUAGUCACAGAGUCAAAUAGAUGAAUAGACGCAAUACAGAAUGAAUGGCCAAAUAGACUAUUUUGGUCAUGGUGAUGACAUGACUGCUGUGCACUUUAGUUUGUUGGGGAUAGACCCAGAUUUGUAUACUGUAUGUUGAGGUUACAGAGAAUGGCCCAUUUAAAAUAUCUCUGAAAAACAUUUUGACCAAAGUUGGAGAGACUUACAUUUGUUGCCUUAUUACAGUCGCUUGCUUUCCUCUGACAGGGUCAACUAAAUUAAUUCAUAGCAGAAAUACACAGCACAUAAGCCAUAUUGCAAUAACUCUUUUACCUGGACCUCCAAGAUCCAUUCCCAGGUUUGAAGUGGGCGGUGCAUGCGUAGAUUUUUUUAACCUGAACAUUCUUUUGCAUUAAAAAAAAAUCAGGAUAAAUGUUUCUUUCUUCAAAAUAUAAAAUAGAGCACCCAAAAACAACGCUUCAAUGUGCAAUCAAAUAUUGAAAAGAUUUUUAAAAGCACAAAUAUUAAGAAAAACAUUUUAACUUAUGAAAUAGCAAGAUAAUUCCAUGGAAACUGAUCAGUACUUACGAAAAUGUUUCACCCUUGAAGGUACCACAAGUGCUAUUCAGAUGAGGUAAUGUAAAAUAAAUGGACCUACUGAAUGUUUUUUUUUAUGGUAUUGUCAAUAUUUCUCAAUUACAACUGUCACAUAAUUAUAGUUUUGGUACACUAUCUAGAUGUUUUGAAACUAUUGCUAAAAAAUUUAAAAUUCUGAAGAGCAGAAUGAAAAAAUAUAAAAACUGAAAGCCCAAUAUUGUUACAAAAUAGUCAACUGCAGCCAUCUCAGUGCUAAAUAUUUUUUGGGGGAGAAAAACUCUUCUGUUUGUCAUAACCCACACAGGGACACAAUAAUAUCUUGGGUGUAGCUUCAUUUAGAGGGAAACUAAUAUUCAUUUAUAGCCAUUGGCAUCUUUUGUUGUAGGAGAGCUAACAGGAAAUUUAUUUUAUUCAAUAAGAAGUUCACGCCACACAAAAUAUAAUCUGAUCAUUCAUGUUUGGUGUGCAUCAGCCUUUAAACCCAGUUGUUUACUCAUAUAUAGCAAAUAACCUUUUGGUAACAGCACUGGUUAUUAGUGCGAAUAAUCUCUUACUCAAGGGAGCUUCAGUCUCUACUGCAGUUAUAAACUAUUCUGCUACAUGAAACUGACAAGCAUUCAGGAUGUAUUAUUUAAUCACAUUUUUUUAAUCUUAAGAGGAAAACAAUAGAUUACAUCAAUAAAAGUGAGAGCUCAGGACAAACAGAAAACACAAGUACCUGCAGCUAUUAGGAAUGAGGUGCCAGCUGCACUUCCAAUGUUUCUAUAAAUACAGUAUGGUCUAGAAAAACACCCGUUGGUAAGGUUCAUUCUGUAUUGGAAAACUGUGAAGGAUGCCCUAAUCAGUUUGCCUGUUUAGAGCAGAAUUUUCAAACUAUUGUUUAAAUGUUGUUUUAGAGCAUGUUUCACUGCAGGUACAGACAAUGUGCCAAUGCAUUUUCUGUAGGUUUUAUAUAAUGUAUAAUUUAGUAACUGUAUUAUCAACAGAAGCUCCAAGGCUGAAUUGUAUAUAAGCUCUAUUUUUAAUAGACUCAUCUUUAUCAUGGACUGAACAAAUACAACACUGUAUAAUAAUUUUAAAUUGUGUAUUUUUGAAGAAUUUUAUUGUUUGUACAAAAAUAAGUAUAUACAUAAAUGGCUUUUCGGUCCAAAGUUGUAUUCCACAUUCCCCUUACAUGAUUGUGCAAAUAUCUUUUAAAUAUCUUAUUUCUGUACUCAUUGUCUGUCAGUUUUCUGCCUUAUUUUUUAUGUUCUUCUGUUAUCACUUUUACUUUUAAGAAGUUGUAUUUGUGAAUCAAAAUAAAACUCUUGCAGUAAUAUGACUGGCUAAUAGUUUUAACAUCUUUUAUAGCAUUGUGUAGGAUAGAAAUAAUUUAAUUUGUUUUCAGGAAUCAAGAACAAAAUCAGUUAUCAACCCCAAGGAACCUUCUUAGGUUACAAGCAUAGAAAAAGAAUGGUCUCAAAAUUCAUCCUGAACAUAAUGGUUUUUUAAUCAAGCUUUUGGGUUUAAAGCACUAUGUGCUCCCAGUUUAUUGAAAACAGUUUUAAACGAUUCAAAGGUGCAUCUAUUUUGAAACAAUUAUGGAAAGGAUGAAUAUUAAUUACUUCAAAUACAAAAGAAACUGAUUUUUUUAAAAUCCUGCUUUCCAUGUUUUAUUAGUCUCACAAUACCAUCAUUUUAUUUUCAAAUGAGUACAAUUUAAACGUUCAUAUUUAAUAUUCAUAUAUUAAAUAUUAUUCAUAUUUUAACAUCUACACCACACAUUUCACACUUUUCUAGCUGGAUUUCAAGCACAAACCAAUUUAAACAUAAUCAAUGAGAAAUCUGUAAUUAUGAAUCCACUACCAUAAUGUUUGCAAUAACAUUGUAGUAUUUAUUUGUUCUUCAUAUGGGUUCGGAGGAACAAAUGCAAUGGAAUUUAUGUGCAGAAAAUGGAACUGCUCUUUAUUGUACCUCCAGAAAGCAUUACAUCGCCACCUAGUGGUACCACAAGUCAUAACACAUAUCCACACUUUCUCCCACAUGAUGAAAGCUAGUGGCCUAUCCCACAUACCCACACUAGUCCAUACCUUUAGGUUAGGAGGGUUUAUAGACCCAAAAUCACACAGAAGGCUACUUUAACACUUUAUAAGUGUUAAAUGACCACUCAUGGAUUUUCACAAGACAGCACCAGACUUUCUACGAGGAUACUGCAGCCAGGCCCCUAGAGCAUAGGUUCUAUUAUUGAUUGAUUGAAUUGGUUUUAUCUUGCUCCAACCUCCGUCAAACCUCUGAGUGAAAGCUGUUCUAUAGGCCUGACCCACUGAGCCCCAGACUCCUGGAGGUUAGAAGUCACGGUUGAAAUCCACUGCUCUGAGUCUUAUAUUAUUAAAAUAUUUGGACAUUCCAGAGUCCAAACAGAGAGCCAGCAUGGCAGCGUUUAUACUGCACUCUGCUGCCUCCUCUUUGGUCCCCAUCUCAAUGCAAAGAGGAUGUUCUUUCUAUGCAGUGCUUCAGUAAGUUGGAGAUGGGACUGGUUUCUUGUAAAGUCACCAAAUGCGUGGAUGCUUUCAUCACUUUGAAAUAAAUGGAGCACACUUCAUUCAUACGAACACCUUUUUUUGCACCUUAAAGUGAGCAUGCAGUGAUAGUGAUAGGAAUGAAAACACUGGGAACUAGGAGCUCAUUUCACCUAAGACCCUGAUCUGACAUUUGAAAGCUUCACAAAACCCAACUAUGCCAUCAGCUUCUUUAUAGCAGAACAGCCUGAAAAACUCACCAACCGCCAUUGCGGAUACUGCCACAUUCAUGCAAAUUCAUACAAAUAUCAACCAAAUAUCGACUAGGCACUCAAAAACCACCUUGCAGCUCUUCUAUCCUAAAACUUCCACUGUGUACUUGUACACAGGCUUAAUAAUAACAUUCAAAUGUUCAAUCGGCCCACGGGGGUGACACACAAGAUGAAGGUCCUGUAUGCAUUACUUGAAUGGGUCAAGUAACAUUUGUUAUAACUCCUUUAUAAACAAAACACAAUAAAUCAAAGAUGCCAUACAGCAAAAUAAAAUCUAACAAACGGACCACUGUAAUCAAGUGCAUCUGUAGAAAGUCCUUGUCAGCUCUCAAGUCCUCAGUAGCGUCUUCCAUUAGUUUCACCAUAACCUGGAACUCCACUUUCAGCUUUCAGAUGAAAACAUGUCUCAUUAUGAACCAUUUAUGAAGAAAAGUGUGCUUGUACGGUCAUUUGAACAAUCGUAAUAAAGGAUUAUGAAAACUGUUAUGUCAUGCUAUGUAGUGUUCAUGAAUCAGCUUUUAUGGUGUUUUUAAGUCUCACUGAAGUAAAAUGCUACUGAUGACAAACUGGGCGGUGUUCAGUAGUUUAGACUAUGGUGCGAGGCUUAAAACAGUCACUCAUGCAAAAGGCAGAUACAACUACAGGUAUGGAUGAAUAGCGUAGUGGAAUUAAUCGUAGGAUUCAUUUCUAGAACAGAUACAAAAUUAAGAAAUAAGACCUUGAGAACUGGCAAUCUGUAAACUCUCUUUUUAAUAACUUAGUACAGUGUUUCACAAGCUAUUGUGUAUAGAUUCUGCAUUCAUUACAGAUUCCUCGUGAAAUAUGAAUACAAGAAACUAUGAUAUCACAUCAAAACGUUAGGCUUCUUAACUUGCAAAACACAACAGUUUAAAAUUUCAGUAUGCAACCAAUGUAAAAGGAUGCCAAAAACCAGCUAUGCCAUCAUUACAUUUUAAUAGCGAUAAAAUUAUAAUCACAGCUAAAUCAAAUCUUAACCCACUGACAUUUUCACAGACUUGGACUAUACAUUUGGCAUACGCUACAUUAUUUCAUGUCAGUUAUAACACUAUUACUUUUUAAAUACAGAAAUA